CUUUACUGUUGUUUUGCCUCGCCAAAAACAAAUCAUCACAAAAAAUGGUUGCUAGUGAAGAAAUUCAGGCGCCGGCCGCCACAAAAUACGACCGGAGAGCAGAACUACAGGCCUUCGACGACACAAAAGCCGGCGUCAAAGGACUCGUCGACGCCGGAGUUACCGAGCUGCCGAGAAUCUUCAUCCAUCCACCGGAAAGCCUGAAAGAUAUCACCACCACCACAACCUCGACCGAAUCAACCCACUCCAGUACUUUUCCGGUGAUAGAUCUCGACGGAAUCGACACGGAUCCCAGAAUCCGCGAGAAGAUCGUCGACGAGGUCGGAAAAGCAGCAGAAAGUUGGGGCUUUUUCCAAGUUAUUAAUCACGGCAUAGAAGCCAGAAUUCUAGAGGAGAUGCUGGACGGAAUUCGUCGGUUCAACGAGCAGGAAACGGCGAUUAAGAAGCAGUAUUACAGUAGAGAUUUAACGGCAGCGUUUAAAUUUAACAGCAACUUCGAUUUGUUCAGUUCUCCGGCAGCUAAUUGGAGAGACUCCAUUUUUAUCCCCGUUGCUCCUAAUCCACCUAAGCCGGAAGAAUUGCCUCUUGUUUGCAGAGAAAUCAUGUUAGAAUACUCUAAGCAAGUGAUGGAAUUGGGGAAAACUUUGUUGAAGUUGCUAUCGGAAGGUUUGGGCCUGAGCCCGAAUCGUCUGAUGGAAAUGGAAUGCGCGGAUUCGCUUGCGCUUAUCUCCCAUUACUACCCGGCGUGCCCGGAGCCCGAUAAGACAUUGGGCACCACAAGGCAUUCGGACAAUGAUUUUGUAUCCGUACUUUUACAAGACAACUUGGGAGGGCUUCAAGUGGUUCACGACGAUCGUUGGGUUGAUGUUGUCCCGAUACCGGGGGCCUUGGUAAUCAACAUCGGCGAUCUUCUUCAGCUAGUAACAAAUGACAAGUACAAAAGUGUGGAGCACAGAGUGUUGGCAAGCAAUACCGGGCCGAGAAUAUCUGUCGCGAGCUUCUUCGGCAGAGAUUCCGGGCCGAGCCCAAAAGUGUUGGCACCGAUUGAAGAGAUGCUGUCCGAAGAGAAUCCGCCAAAGUAUCGCCCAACCACAGCCAAGGAAUAUACCGAUUUCUUUCGUGCUAAGGGGCUCGAUGGCACUUCCGCCUUGUUGCAUUUCAGACUAUAGAUAUACUUGUUUUUUUAUCUUGUGAUGAAAAUUAUUAUGUAUUUUGUAAUGCUGAUAGAAAUAAAAGUGUAAUUUGUUGUCCGAAACAUUUGUUUUGAUGUAAUAAAACGAAACUUCAUCAACCAA